CUGCGGGACGUCUCCAACUGCAGCACCUUCAGCAGCCCCGGGUGGGGGCAGCGCCGUGAUGAUGAUGGGUGUGUGUUUAAGAAGCCGCAGAGGCCGGGGCACCGCAGCCGGGUGCCGGCGAUGGAGGAGGCCCUGGGGAAGGAGCCCUUUGUGCAGAGGCCCAGCUCUGCACCCAACCUGCUGUUUGAUACCCCCGAGAAGGAAAACCUCCCUGAGGGCGAGAGCCCCGUGGUGCUGCGCCGCUGCUCCCUCACCUCCUCCAUGGGCGAUGAGGAGGAGGACGACGGCUUCAUGGAGAUCCUGGAUGAGGAGGAGAUGAAGGGUGAAGCAGAGGUGCCGCCGGGCAUGGCGAGCCUGCUGACCGCACCGCUGGUGAGAAAGGAGGAGGCAGAGCCGCGUCCCUCCAAGCGCAGCAAGUGCCGGCAGCUGUUCCGCUCGCCCUCCAUGCCCAGCAGUGUCAUCCGGCCCAUCCUGAAGCGCAUCGAGCGGCCGCACAGCCACGACACCCCCAUCAAAGCAAGCGGCGCCGCAGCCUGGGCCGGCACCCCUGGGGAGGGGGGGGCGACGGAGCCGAAAGCACGGCUGCUGCGCUCCCGGUCCUUCUGCCAAGAGGAAAUUGAGAACAUGUUGGCCAACGACCAGCGGGAGCUCAUCGGGGACUUCUCCAAGACAUACCUGCUGCAGACGGUGGAGGGCAAGCACCAGGACCUCAAGUACAUCUCCCCCGAAAUGAUGGUGGCAGUGCUGAGCGGGCAUUUCAGCAGCGCCAUCGAGAGCUGUGUGAUCGUGGACUGCCGCUACCCCUACGAGUACGAGGGGGGGCACAUCAAGGGUGCUGUCAAUCUGCCCAUGGAGGAGGACGUGGAGGAGUUCCUGCUGAAGAAGCCCAUCGUGCCCUUUGAUGCGAGCAAGCGUGUGAUCGUCAUCUUCCACUGCGAGUUCUCCUCCGAGCGGGGGCCCAGGAUGUGCCGCUUUGUCCGGGAGAAGGAUCGUGCCUGCAAUGAGUACCCACACCUGCACUACCCCGAGCUGUACGUCCUGAAGGGAGGGUACCGGGAGUUCUUCCCCCAGUACCAGGCACACUGUGAGCCGCAGGACUACCGGCCCAUGCACCACGCUGACUUCAAGGAGGAUCUCCGCAAGUGCCGCCUGAAGAGCCGCACCUGGGCGGGCGAGCGCAGCAAACGGGAGCUGUACAGCCGCCUGAAGAACUGCUGAGAGCCCCCGGCACCGCGGGGCGGGACCCGGGACUGGGUUUCACUCUUCCAGCCCCGAGGUGGAGGGAGGAGCCCGAGGGGGGACGGCGGAGGGAGGCUUGAGCCGCGCUGCAGCCAUCGCUGCCGCAUCCCAGGCGCCCUCCUCAGCGUUCCCAGCUCCGGGCUCUGCCCUCUGCCCCUCCCCGGAGCGCGGCGCCCCUUCCUGAGCAGCGGGGCUCCGCAGAAAGCACUUAAGCCUCUGGGCAGCCCGAAGGGAGCGGCAGGCCUCGGGCUGCCCCCGUGUGAGGCUCCGGAGCGGCCGGGGCUGCAGUUUGCCCCCGCCCUUCGCGCUCAGCUCCCCGGCGCGUAACCGCGUGUAACCGGAGAAUAAAGGCCCCGAGGCCGCGGCGGGAGCAGCGCCGUGUGCGAGGUGCCGGCCGCGCGGAGCCCAUCCCGCCUCCCCAAUGAA